CUUUGUCUUGUCUCUUAGAACAACAGGAUGGGGACCUCACAUCAUGGAUCAAUAGAGAACGAUUCCUCAAUUACCUCCCGAUUGACAGCUACACCUUGUAUGCAAUGGGAGAUACAGGCAAACUGGUGGUUUUGGCUGUAUUGGAGGAGAAAAACCCUACUAAGGACAGCAUCCGUUGCAAGACCAUGGUGAAAAGAGUGGCCACUGAAUACAAGGACUUCUAUAGCAAAGAAUUCCACUUCGGUCACAUGGAGGGGAACGAGUACAUCAAUGGCCUCAUCAUGGAGGAAGUGACCAUGCCGUCUAUCAUCGUGCUCAACAUGUCUAACGAUGGGUAUUUCUUGCCGCCCAACAAAGUGGAGACAAAGGACCAGCUGUUGAAGUUCAUCGAUGGCGUGUUGAAGGGCCAGAUUAAGUCCCAGGGAGGGAAUGGAUUCUAUCAACGCUUUAUAAGGAUGGCGUUCAACACCAAAACGACUGUUACGAUUAUAUUUACCAAAGCGCCCCUUCUGGGCAUCUUUCUGGUCUUUGUUUUUGGCUUUGUGGGGAGUACCUUCUGUUACGUCCUGUACAAGACCUGUCACAUAGUGAGAUCGAGAAUGAAGGAUGAGGAACCAAUCACUGGAGAGAGGGAGGAGCCAAAUCAACUCAAAGGUCCCGGGAGAGACAAGAAGACGAAAAAGAAGAAUCCUGCAGAAAAGAAGGCAGAUUAAGUAUGAAACUGACGGCUGACCAUCUGACCAUCUGACCUUCUGACCUUUUGACCUUUUUCUAUUGAGCUGCCCUCUUGGCCAGGUUUCCCUAAUAAAAUAGGUAUUCUAACCUCAAAGGGACUUCCUGGAUAAAUAAAGGUUAAAUAUAAAUACAUUUAAAUAAAACCCUAGCCCAAUGGUUCCCAAACUAGGGGGCGCGACCCCAUGUGGGGUUGCCUAAUAUGAAAAUGGGGUCACUGCGGAGGAGUUUUGGUUCCUGACUCAAAGGGAAUACCCUGCCGUCUCCAUCUGAGCAUUAAUGCCACGUUCAAAACA